UGGUUUAGGGUCAGUCACACCGAGGAGGUGAUCCACGUUAGGCUGCACCAUUUGGAGCAGAAAUUCUCAUUUUAAGCUACUCUUUAUUAGCCUGCAGCAGAUAGACACAUGAUAAGUACACUGCAAUUCUUAUCAUUUAAAUGUAAGUUAGAGACGUAAAGCAGGAAACAUUACGCACACGUCUCCUACCUACAGGCAACAGGAGUCUGGGCAGUUUUCAUAUAUACUUUGCAGACUUCGGUUUUAACUGUUCUGUGAUAGGAGAUUUGUGCAAUGGCAGAUAAGGAGCUCGCCAAGGUGAGGAAAAAGUUCGUGGAAAGGGUCUCCAAAGAAGUUAUAAAUCAGCUCCUGGAUGACAUUUUAGAGGAUCAUAUUGUGAAUGAUGGAGAGAAGGAGUCAAUAAUUGAGGAGAACAGUACCAGAGCAGACAAGGCACGCUGCCUCAUUGACACAGUAAGGAACAAAGGAGAUGCAGCCAGCAGGAAGCUGAUUGCUCACCUUCAAAAGCGAGAUCCUACACUUUACACUCAACUGGGCCUGUCCUGUGAUCAGCCUGCUCCGCCGGCUGCAGUCCCCCAGGGGGAGCAGGAGUGGUCAACCACGCUCAUCCCUACCACUGAGGCAUUCUGGAGGGAGAAACAGAAUGAUAACAGUAUUUACCCUGUGACCAAAAAUAAUAUGAGGAACCGUGUGGCCCUGCUAAUCACUAAUAUAAAGUUUACUUAUGAGAAAUUAAACAGAAAUGGAGCUGAGAAAGACGAGGAGAACAUGGAGAGACUGCUCACAGCUCUGGGAUACGAGGUGGUGAAACACACCGACCUCAAAGGAAAGGCAAUAGACGAUGCUCUAAGUGAGUUUUCUACACAUCCAAAACUCAAAGAGACAGACAGUGUGUUGGUGGUUAUCAUGUCUCAUGGGAAACUGGGAGCUGUGCUUGGUGUCAACUGUAAAAAUAAAUUGGGCAUUGAGGAACCAGAUGAGUUCCCCAUCAACAACAUUUACAAACACUUAGGUUCAGAGAAAUGUCCGCAGCUGCUGAACAAACCCAAAAUCAUCCUCAUCCAGGCCUGCAGAGGAGGUAUGCAAGGAUCUGUGCUUGUUAGUGAUGACCCAAAAACAGAUUUGGCCUGCGACAAUGUCCCACAGCCGGGUCCAUCUGCGUCCUCAUGUGAAGAAGACAUAGAGGAUGAUACUUUGAGAUGUGUACACAAAGAAAAAGACUUCAUCUCUCUUCUUUCCAGCACCCCUGAUACUGUGUCAUACAGACAAAAAGAUCGUGGGUCUCUUCUUAUCCAGUACAUUGUUGAUGUAUUCAACACCUUUGCACACAAGGACGACAUUGAGGAACUUUUCAGAAAAGUCAUGCAACGCUUUGAAGAUUUUUCCAUUGGCAACAAAAGACAGAUGCCAACCAAAGAGAGAUGCACUCUCACGAAGCGCUUCUACUUCUUUCCAGGUCUCUGAGACAAGACUCGGUGCUGUUUAACACAUAGUUUGUAGCCACAAAAGCACUGUAACUUGAUUAAUUAGCAACAGAAGGUGAAGACAUAAAAUGCAAAUCUUUAUUCAGACUAAACACUGUAAAUUUAAGGGAAAAGUAACAUGAGCUCAGUCUGUGUGAAGGUCUGCCUAGCCCUGCUAACAAGCAAUGCUGUGAAGACUGACACUGUUCACAGUCAGUGUGAGCAGAGGCAGAGCAGUUCCUCAAGUUUUCCACUGACUGUGUCUUCCUCUGACUUUGAAUUACGCAGUUUGUGUAUGGGACGCCACCUGUUUUCUAUUUUAUGUUAAUCUCAAUGAAUUUGUACUGAAUUUGCUUAUUUGUUGAUCAAAGGGCUAGAGUAGUUGUAUUGCUUUGGAUUUGAUUCGUAUUCCCAUUUUCAGAAUUUGUGUAUCGUGUAUUGUCAUCCUAUUGAGUAGACCACACAUAAGAAUGCUCACUAUCAUAUAUCAUAUAUAUAUCACUGUCAUAUAAUUGAAUUCCUGCUAUUCUUUGUUUCACCCUUUAUUAAAUACAUCAUAUAAUCUUUAGUUAUAGUAACAAAACUAUAAAUAUGAACAAAUCAAGUUAUUAGUUGCCUUUCUUUGGUGAUGUAAAAAUGAAGACUGAAAAACAGCAGAUAGUAAAGUUUGGUCUUCAUACAUUUUUAAAAAAUCAAUUUUUAAUGUAAAUGCAGCAACAUACAACACAGUAAAUCUCUGUGCGUGUGUGAAGAGGUGCAUGAGCCAACAUAUAACUGGUGAUGAUGAUGAUAAUUAGAUGUGUUCUUAAACACAUCUAAUGUUAACACAUCUAAUACUUAAACUAUACAACUUUAAGUAUUAAAGUUAAGUAUUACUGAAAUAAUGUGCAGUGAUUCUCUGAUGGAAUGAUUAUGGAAUAAUCAAAUACUGUAAAUAAAAGUGUUUAUUUAAAUG